AUGAAUCGAAGUUGGAUGUACGAUAGAGUAAAUUCCAAUAGGUAUUGUUUGAAAGAUGAGUUUGUUAGUGGAGUUGAAGGUUUUGUCAGUAAAGCCAUGAAUCGACCAGACUUUUUAAAUGAUGAAGGGAUAAUGUGUCUUUGUGAAAAAUGUGUAUGCAUUCCCUUGAAGACGCCUAGUGAGGUUAGACAUCACUUGUACAAAAAUGGUAUUUUCCCCAAAUAUUAUACAUGGACUGAUCAUGGAGAAGAUACUCAGAAUAUAAACUUUGAUGGUCAUUCUAGUAGUGGCAGAAAUGAUGGUGGGGAUAAUCUGGGUGAUGAAGAACAAUUGGAUGCAAUGAAUGAAAUGUUAUAUGAUGCUAGUAGGAAAUUUGUUAAUGUUCCCAAUGGGAAUGCUAAUAUGGAAAACGAAACAGUUAGUGAGGGCGAGGUACCAAAUGAAGAAGCUCAAUGA